AUGGAUGUCACCUUUCAUGAAACACAAUCCUUUUAUGUUAGUCCACCACUUCAGGGGGAGAAAGCACUUGAAGUCGAUGAACUCUCCUUGUCAUUACCACGUUUGUCUUUGCAGGAUGCCCAAGACCUGAGCAAUGAAGCUACCAUAGUCCAAAGUUCUAUUAUUGACAGAAAAUCUACUUCUGGGUAUUGUGUAUUUCUUGGAGAUAGUCUGGUAACAUGGAGAAGCAAAAAGCAAGAUAGAGUAUCCCAUUCUAGUGCAGAAGUUUCAUCCUAUGGCUAUCAUGAUCUGUUUUAUUAUACAUUAUUUUAUCACUUUUUGCAGGAAGAAAAGGAUGCCAUUAGAAGUCUGGAUCUGUUAUACAGAAGGGCUGAGACUGAGAUCUUGAAACGAGAGGCUACUCCUGCGAUGAGAUUGCUUAAUGAUCUUUUGAUUAUGUAUGACGGCCAUGAUUUUGAAGUGUGGCUAAAGAAAUGUAAGAAGGUCAUGAUUGAUGCAUUUCCUCACGAGGAUCCAUUUAGUAUUCUUGUUCCACCAGGAUUGGAGUCAUUCGACAUAGAUAAGCAUCACGAGCCAUUGAGACCAUCCCUUGAAGAUGAUGAGACUCUUUUGAGGGUGGACUUCGUAAGGGAGGUGGAUGAAUUGCUGCGAGAGGUUCGUUCUGAAAAGAGUGAAGUACAAAAUGAAUCAGGGUUUGAUCUUGAAUCUGUUGCAAAUAGACUGAAACAACAGGAGAAGCAACAAACAAUACGCCAAGUUGAAGCUCUGCUAGAUUUAGCCAUGGGUUUGAAAUGGUAACUAUUUUGUCCUAGAUUGCAUUUUGGUUCAUAUUGCUUGAGUCAUCCGAUAGUCCGUAGUUGUGAAUAGGAAUUGGCGUGCACUAUGGUUUUCUUUUUUACCUUUUGAUGAACGUAUGAUUAUAGUACCAACCAAAAAAAGAAAACCAAGACAUACAAUAAAUGUAGCCAUGGCAAUUUGGGUGAUCCUCUGAAGGUAUCUAAGUUUUUCGAUUUCCAUACAAAAAAUGUGCCUUAAUGUACGUUUGUUGUUGA